AUGAUUUCACCACAACCACAACAACCACAAACUAAAAUUGAAUUAUCAAUUAAAUGUUCUUCAUUGAAGAAUAAAGAUAUUGUUUCAAAAUCAGAUCCACGUGUUUACGUUUACUCCAAAGAGGUAACCGGCAUGGUUUUAGUUGGCCAAACUGAAACUAUUAAAAAUAAUUUAAAUCCUGAAUUUAAAGAAAUCAUCAGUAUCAAUUAUUAUUUCGAAAAACUUCAAGCACUUGAAUUUAUUGUUGUUGAUAUAGAUAAAGAAAUUAAGGGAUUUGGUGAUAUCGACGAAAAUGAUACUAUCGGUAGAUUAAGCACAACCUUAGGUGAUAUCAUUUCACGUCCAAGUAGAAUAAUGGUAAACGAAAUUAAAUAUAAUGGCAAAAAGACCGGUAUGAUUCAAAUUAGUGCUAAUGAAGUUAACAAUUCGUUCCAUAACAUUAUUCUUAAACUUGAAGGCCAUAAUUUAGAUAAAAAGGAUCUCUUUUCAUCUGAUCCAUAUUUUUAUGUUUUAAAAGAAAACCCAACAGGUUAUGUUAGAGUUUUUGAAAGUGAGGUUAUAAAGAACACUUUAAAUCCAUGUUUCGCACCAAUCAGUUUACCAUUAAGUGAGUUUAAUUCAAAUGAUAUGUUUAAGGGUAUCCGUUUCGAAUUUUAUGACUAUGACAAGACUUCAAAGCAUGAUUUUAUUGGUUCAUUUGAUACUACAACCGACGAAUUAUUACAAGGUGUUAAAAGAGAAUUUCAACUUAUCAAUCCAAAGAAAACAUCAAAAUCUGGAUAUAAAAAUUCAGGUGUAAUCAAGUUUUAUGAAGCAAGAGUCGCUCCAACUCCAACAUUCUUAGAUUAUCUUAAUGGUGGCUGUGAAUUUAAUUUAACCGUUGCAAUUGACUGUACCGCUUCCAAUGGCACUUUACACAAUACUGUCGAUAUGGCUGCUAAUCAAUACUUUCAAUCUAUUUCAGCAGUUGGCAGUGUUUUAGCUCCAUACGAUUUUGAUGGUAUGAUCGAUGUACUUGGUUUUGGUGGUUGCCAUAAUAGCAUUGAUGGUGGUAAAACUAGCCAUUGCUUCCCAUUCUCAUUAAAUCCAGAGGUUAAGCAAGCCGUUGGUGUUAGGGGUGUUUUGGAUAUGUAUGUAGCUAAUAUUAAAAAAAUUGGUUUUUCAUGUCCAACCAACUUUGAAGAAGUCAUUAAAUAUUCAAAUAAAAAAGCAACAAAAUCUGGUAAAUCAAAUGAACAACGUUAUUCAAUUUUAUUAAUUUUAACAGAUGGCGAUAUUUCAGAUCAAAAAGAAACUAUUUCGGCUAUUGUCGAAGCCUCAAAAGCCCCAUUAUCAGUUAUUAUUGUUGGUGUUGGUUCAAGUGGUUUUUAUCAAAUGAAUGUUUUAGAUGGUGACGGUGGUAUUUUAGUUGAUUCUAGCGGUCAUAAAGCUAAAAGGGAUAUUGUUCAAUUUGUUCCAUUCUCUAAAUACGCAGCAGAUCCAUAUCAAUUAGCAUGUGAAGUAUUAAAAGAAAUCCCACACCAAUUUAUGGUUUAUAUGAAACAUGAAAAGAUUUCACCUCUUCCACCAAGACCAUUCCUUCCUCCACCAGUUUAUAACUAGAGAGAAAAUAGUCAAACCAUGUAAAAUAAACAUUCUUUUUUAUUUUUAUUUAUA